AUGUUGGCUGAGAGACAGCCAGGGAUACUCCCCAGCACCAUAGAUUCAAACCCAAGGGAGCAUGUCAAGGCUGUCACCCUGAAAUUAGGUAAGCAGUUAGCUAGCUCUUUACCUAUGGCUGAUGAUGAUGUUAUUAUGCAGGAUGAGCCAACGAGGAAGGAGUUAGAGCCUAACGUGAUAGAGCCUACGCGAACCAAAGACAAGAAGAAGAGUCUUGUGAGAGAAUACCAGCCGCCAAUUCCAUAUCCUGCCGGGUUGAAGCAGAAAAAGAUGUCCAGGUAUGCGAGAUUCCUGAAAGAGAUUCUAAGAAACAAAAGAAAGCUGGAGGACUUGGGAUUAGUGACACUAAAUGAGGAGUGCUCAGCCAUUCUUCAAAAUAAGCUACUAGUAAAGAGGCGUGAUCCAGGGAGUUUUACUGUUCCUUGUAUUAUUCGUGAUUUGCAUAUUAGUGAUGCUUUAGCUGAUUUUGGAGCUAGCAUUAACUGA